AUGUCAGGUCCCAGUGAUAAAGAUGAGUUAAUUGAUUUACAUGAAUUAUGUAUUGAUGGAGAUUAUGCUGGAUUAAAAUCAGCAUUAGAAUCGGGGAAUACAAUUGAUAUUAAUCAAUAUAAAUUAUUUGUUUAUCGUCCAUUACCACAUAGUUCAAAACAAUCAGCUGAUUUAAUUGAUGAUGCUGAUGAUGAUGAUUAUCAAUCUGAUAAUGAAUCAUCGGAUUCGGGUACAAUGUUUGAUUAUCGUUCACCACUUUUUUAUGCUAUUAUUCAUGAUCGAUUAGCUUGUGUUAAAUUACUUAUUGAACAUGGAGCAAAUACAGAUAAAUUAAGACCAUGGGGUUUAAAUGCUCUUUGUUUAUCAUGUUUUUGUGGACGUAUUCGUUUAGUUGAAUAUUUUCUUAAUUUAAAUUUCAAUGGAAAUCUAACAGAUAAACCAAGUGCAACAGAUAAUUAUUUUAGUUCAUUAAAAAGUGAACAUGAACAUAAAAUAAAAAUGCGUGAAAUGCAUUCACGUGUUGCACAAGAUAUGGGAAUGUUUCAUUAUCCACUUCAUAUUGCUAUAAAACAAGAUUCACUUGAAUUAGUUAAAAUUUUACUUAAUUAUAAAGAAAAAUUAGAUAUGGAAAUUCUUGAACCUUAUACAAAACGAAGAGCAUUACAUAUUGCAGCUGAAAAAUGUUCAACUGAGAUCAUAAGUCUUUUAUUAGAAGAAGGACAAUGUGAAGAGAAUGCAAUUGAUUUAAAUGGUCAUACACCAUUAGAUAUUGUUUGGAAAUUAUUAAAUAAUUUAGAUUAUCAAUUUGAAUAUAGAGAAGAAACAUUAAAAUUAAUGUUAAGUCAUAAAUGUCGAUUUUCAUCAUUAAAAUCUUUAACAGAAUUUUAUACAAAUUCGUUAUCAGCAUUUCGUCGAUUUGAAUCUAAUUUUUGGAUUGUUAUUGCUUAUGAUUUACCAUCUUUAUUUGUUCAACCUUUUCCAAAUAAUAAAAGUUUACUUGUUCAUAUUUGGCUUUGGUUUAAUAGAAAUUAUCAAGAUACUGUUAUGGAAGAAGAUGAAUUUGAUAGACAUUAUACAGGUAGUAUUCUUCGAAAUUUAAUUCAUGUUAUGUAUGAGAAUGAACAAUUAACAUUAACAAAUCAUGAACUUGUUGAAUUAUUUACAGAAGAUUUAGGAAGUCAUUUUGAUAAAACAACAGAUGAAAUUGAUACAAUAACAACAAUACUUUCAACACCACUUAAAUUAAAACAAAUAUGUCGAAAUAGAAUACGUAAACGUCUUUGUUCAUCACAAAUUGGUGGUCUUAAUCAACAAACACUUGAACAUUCAUCUAUUUCACCACCAUUAAAUCAAUCACUUAGACAUUUUAUUCUUCCAUAA